AUGUCGUCCCGAGGGACUGGCUUGGUCCUUUUGGUUGUUACUUUGUUAACAGCAGGCUCUUCGGCAGCAAGAAUGCCGAGCAACCAAUUUGAAAUGUGCGUUACUUCGAGAUGGAGAGUCGCAGACCUCUCCAAUCAAAAUCUAACAUCCUUUCCCUUAAAUCUGCCAGACACCACGGAAUACUUGGACGUCUCUCACAACCCCAUCCAAAGUAUCAGCGCAGACGCUUUCCCUUGGCUGCGUCUGUUGUGUUUUCUGAAGGCGACUCAUUGCGGGCUCAGGGUGAUCUCUCCGACUGUGUUUCAACACACUCCUGCCCUUCAAGUUCUUGAUAUGUCCUCCAAUGAACUAACAACCAUUCCUGACAUUUCACUUCCACGAUUGACCAUUUUGGAAUUGACUGAUAAUCUCUACGAGGCCUACCAGCUGCCGGAUUGUUUUCGAAACCUUACAAAUCUACAAGUGCUGUCAUUAGGAAGCAAAGCGGCUCUGUCAGUGAAUUUAAAUGACUUCAAACCUGUGACGAGCAUCCCCUUGGAGCAUUUGGUUCUGGGUGCAGGAGUUCCAUGGCAAAAGUAUGAAUCGGGAGCGCUUGGGGUGUUGUCCCUGCAGAAAUUGUCCCUUUUCACUAACUUUUGUGGGAAUUUGAGUUUGUUUGACAGCCUUCUGGAGGAUCUGAAUUUAACACAGACGAGUGCCUUAAGGGUUGUGACUUUGUUUUCGGAUGACUGCAAUGUCACUGAUGACCCCUUCCAGAACCUGAGAUCAAUGCCCUAUGUUCGAAACCUCACCAUAGAAAACACCUGGCUUAACAGCUCGUUCACUGAGAAAUUCUUAAAGAACCUUUGGCUGUCUUCAAUUGAGAAUCUCUCCUUUGUCAACGUCACAUACAACGAAGAUACACCUGAUGGGUUUCAGUUUCACCCGCUCAAUCACAGCAUGAGUCUUCAGUCUGUAACUUUUGAUACAGUGAUACAUUAUCAAUACAGGUAUCCUACAGUUAACAUAAGCUUCAAGUACGCUUCAAAUCUGAACUAUGUGAAAUUUUCUAGGACCGGAAUGAACAUUUUACCCUGUAAACUUUUAUCUGUCCUGCCAACAUUGGAGACCUUGGACGUGUCAGACAACCUCCUGACCGAUUUGGGUUUCUGGUGGCCUCCAUGUUCCAACACUUCAGUUUUUCCCAAACUGAAGCACCUGUUGUUGAACAAGAACCGUUUCAGCAGUUUGUCCUUCAUCUCAGGACAGACACAUAAAAUGAAACAGCUGGAGUCCUUGGAUUUGAGCUUCAAUUCAAUCUUUUUGAAAAAAAGAUGCAAAUGGCCCGCUCACUUGAUUGAGCUCAAUCUUGGGAAUAACAAUCUGGGCAACAAAGUUUUUGAGUACCUGUCACCAAAUUUCCAGCGAAUUUACUUGUCAAAAACGGGAAUAACUGCCAUAAACCAAGAGGACCUGUCUCGGUUUCCCAAACUGACACACCUCCAUCUCAGUGCUAACAGCAUCCAAGUGCUCCCAGAACUACUCGAUGCCCCAAACCUCAUCAGUUUCUUCGUGGACCAAAACGCAAUUACGGGUCUUUCUCGACAUGUCUUUGCGGGAUUUCAGAAGCUUCAGCUCCUCCAAGCUGGGAACAAUCCCUUCGUAUGCUCAUGUGACCUCCACUGGUUCCUCAAAGACUUUAACAAGUCUUUGCUCUUGGACUGGCCCUUGGACUAUUCAUGCAGCACGCCGAAACAGUUAAAGGGCCUGCCAUUGUCCGAGUAUAAAACCAGUGUGAUCUCGUGCGAAAUAUGGCUCCAAACAACAGUGGCUUUCUCGGUGUUACUAUUAGUCGCAACAACCUUGGGCCUGCUUUUCUACAAACUGGAUGGUGCGUGGUACACAAAGAUGUUAUGGGUGUGGAUCCGGGUGAAGAGGAGAGGCAAGAAGCGUUCGUAUUUGCUGAAGAAUAUGUCAUUUUCUUACCACGCGUUCAUCUCCUACAGUCAUCGGGAUGCCAAGUUUGUGAGCAGCGAACUGGUCCCCUCCUUGGAGAGCGUUGGGAUUUCACUGUUUCACGAACGUGAUUUUUUACCUGGCGAAUUCAUCAUAGACAACAUCAUCAACUGCGUGGAGUCCAGCUACAAAACCCUCUUCCUCCUCUCCAAACAUUUCGUCCAGAGCGAAUGGUGCAACUACGAGCUGUUCUUUGCCCAGCACAGAGCCAUCAACAUCCAAGAGGACUCUUUGGUGUUCAUCCUUUUGGAGCCCAUCCCCACCGACUGCCUGCCCAAAAAGUACUUGCGACUGAGAACUUUGCUCCAGCAGCAGACGUACCUGGAGUGGCCGAAGGACGAGUGCAAGCAGCAAGUCUUUUGGGCGAGUCUUAAAUCCAUGCUGCGUAUGGCAGACAAAUCUGUGGUUUUGAGAGAAAUGGCUGCAGAUCUUGCCGAUACAGCAACACUACUUACUAAUCAGAUUUAAAAUGUGGAUGAGCAUAACUGUGUCAAAUUCUGUAUUUUUUUUUUGCUCUGAUGACAUGCAUGAGGGUGCAUUAUGGAAAACUUUUCAAUUGCUUGGAUGCGAACUGGGUCUCUCAAGGACCUCCUGGGCCCAUUUUAACAAAGGUUGGUCACAGACAGCUGAAAACGGUUCUAUAUUCUAGGAAACAAACUCAUUCUGCACUUCAUAAUUUGUAAAUGGGUUUCAACUUGGUUUGAAUGACACAAAUGUACAGUUGCUGUUCAAACCCCGAUCACAUCCUCGGCUGCUUUCUCAUUCUGGAAUUCAAAAUUUGAAUACGCGUCCACAUGGCCUGCUGCUCGUGGUAUGCGUCGGGCUUAUUCAUUAUAUUUGUACAAUUAUGAGUUUUGUUUGACGUUACCGUCACGUUACUGUACAUUACUGUCGAAAGGUAAAUCAUUCAUUUGAGCAAAUCAAAGAAAUAGUGAUGAUUACUGGUAUGAAUCCUUUUCCCUUUCGCUCAAGUGACAGCAGUUGAGAAUACAUAAUUUUUUCUUUUUUCUCUACAUCUCUGUGACGGCUUCUCUAAUUUUAGAAGAUGCGCGUGAAGGAGAUUUCCGUUGCAUUCAAAUCUAAAGUCGUGUGUAAACUUGUUUGGUCUUCAGUACCUUUGUUUCAUGUUUGACUUCCUUGUGACUUUUGCUUCUGAUUAUUCCAUGUAUUGUUUUUUUUGUGUGUGUGUGAG